UUCCAAAGUUACACUUUCCAUAUGCGUGUCGGACUCGGUAUAGCACUUCUCUAUAAAUAGUUACCGUGUACUCCCUUCACAUCCACUUUGAAAACCCGAUCCCGACUCGCAACAGCCUGUGGAAGUCAUUAGAUUUCUUGUAAUAUCACUCAUUCCCUUCGCCAUUUCAGUACUUCACUCCAACUAAUGAGGAAACCGCGAAAUCUGUAUACUUUCUAAAACCCUAAAAGGUUUGCUCUUUCAGUUAAACUACAAUGGCGAAGAAAUUCGUCAGAGACGACGUUCCACUGUCAAGAUUUGGCGUAUUGGUGGCGCAGUUGGAAUCUAUAGUGGCCUCAGCUGCUCACAAGUCUCCCGACCCUCUCCUCUGUUUUGAUCUUCUCUCUGAUCUCAUCUCCGCCAUUGAUGAAGAAUCCAAGGAAUGUAUACUGCUGUGGCAAAGGAAAUGUGAGGAUGCACUUUAUUCUCUACUUGUGCUUGGCGCAAGGAAACCGGUGCGUCAUUUGGCCUCAGUGGCAAUGGCAAGGAUUAUACAAAAGGGUGACAGUAUUUCAAUAUACUCUAGGGCUAGCAGUUUGCAGGGAUUUCUUUCCGAUGGAAAGAAAAGUGAACCUCAGCGAAUUGCAGGUGCUGCUGAGUGCUUGGGAGAAUUGUAUCGCUAUUUUGGUAGACGAAUCACUUCAGGCUUACUUGAAACAACCACGAUUGUCACAAAACUACUGAAGUUCAAUGAGGACUUUGUUAGAGAAGAAGCUUUACAGAUGCUUCAAAAUGCUUUAGAAGGCUGUGGGGGCGCUGCUGCUGCCUCAGCAUAUACUGAUGCAUUUCGUAUCAUUAUGCGAAUCGGUAUCGUGGACAAAUCAUCUAUUGUUAGAGUAGCUGCAGCUAGAUGUCUAAAAGCGUUUGCAAACAUCGGAGGGCCGGGAUUAGGGGUUGGAGAACUUGAUAAUGCUUCUUCUUCUUGUGUCAAGGCCCUUGAAGACCCUAUCUCGUCAAUAAGGGAUGCAUUUGCAGAAGCUCUGGGAGCAUUGCUUGGUCUUGGGAUGAAUCCUGAUGCACAGGUACAACCAAGGGGAAAAAGUAAUUUUACUCCCAAGAAACUUGAUGGGGGUUUGGAGAGACACUUAACUUUGCCAUUUGUAAAAGCUAGUGGUCCUCGGGUGAAAGUUCUGCGCGUUGGCCUAACCUUGUCAUGGGUUUCUUUUCUCCAGGCCAUUCGCUUGAAGUAUCUUCAGCCUGAUACUGAGCUUGAAAAGUACAUCUUUCAAGUGAUGGAGAUGCUUCGUGCUGAUAGUUUGUUUGAUGCUCAAGCACUGGCAUGCAUUUUAUACAUCCUUCGAGUGGGUAUAACUGACCAAAUGAGUGAACCUACUCAGAGAGGCCUUUUAGUUCUUUUGGGCAAACAGCUUCAAUCUCCUGAUGCUACUCCAUCCAUGCGGGUUGCUGCUUUGCGUACCAUGUCGUAUGCUUUGAAAACACUAGGGGAGGUUCCGGCUGAGUUUAAGGAAGUUCUUGAUAAUACAGUUGUUGCUGCAGUUUCACAACAUGCACCAUUGGUGCGCAUUGAGGCCGCUUUGACCUUGCGCGCGUUAGCUGAGGUUGAUCCUACAUGUAUUGGUGGUUUGAUUUCUUAUGCAAUAACGAUGCUUGGAGCAGUGAGAGAAAAUAUUUCAUUUGAAAAGGGAACUAAUCUAAAGUAUGAACUGGAGUGUCUAGAUGGUCAGGCUGCGGUUUUGGCAGCUUUGGUGUCUAUUUCACCAAGCUUACCUCUUGGUUAUCCAUCUCGUUUGCCCAGAUCAGUAGUUGAACUGUCUAAGAAAAUGAUAAUGGAAUCAAGUUGGAAUCCUAUGGCAGCAGCCGUUGAAAAGGAGGCUGGAUGGAUGCUCUUAUCCUCACUGCUUGCAUGCAUGCCGAAAGAGGAACUUGAGGAUCAAGUUUUUGAUAUUCUUUCUUUAUGGGCUUCCGCAUUCCAUGGAAAUCCAGAACGCCAUAUCAGUGAAACAGAAGAUCUCCAAUCUAACAUAAGCGUAUGGUGUGCUGCAGUGGAUGCAUUGACAGCAUUUAUAAAGAGUUUUAUCUCUUCUGGUGCUGUGAACAAGGGGAUCUUACUUGAACCAGUUCUGUUAUACCUUAGUAGGGCUCUGUCAUAUAUAUUGCUGUUGGCAGCCAAAGACCAAAUGAGUGUCAAACAGGCAGCGGAGAUAUUUAUCAUCAAGACACUAAUAGCCUAUCAGUCAAUUUCAGAUCCAACUGCAUAUCGGAGAGACCAUGCCCGUCUUAUUCAGAUAUGUGCAACUCCUUAUAGCGAUCCGGAGACUACAAGCAAAAUGUUAGUGAAUCAGAAGCUCCUCUGCUUUGGAUCCAUAUUUGCUUCCGAGGAUAUUGGUGGAAUGCUCUCACUCCUCGAAAUGAUUGAGCAGUGUCUGAGAGCUGGAAAGAAACAAGCAUGGCAUGCAACCAGUGUUACAAACAUAUGUGUGGGCCUGCUAUCUGGCUUGAAGGCUUUGCUUGCUCUACGUCCUGAACCCUUACCAUUGGAAGUACUUAGUCUGGCACAAUCCAUCUUUCAGAGCAUUCUGGCUGAGGGUGACAUCUGUGCUUCUCAACGCAGAGCAUCAUCUGAAGGUCUUGGCCUAUUAGCUCGACUAGGAAAUGAUGUGUUCACUGCCAGAUUGACAAGAGUGCUCCUUGGUGAUAUAAAUUCAGCGGUAGAUUCAAACUAUGCUGGUUCAGUUGCUAUAUCACUUGGUUGCAUUCAUCGCAGCGCAGGAGGGAUUGCAUUGUCAAGUUUGGUUCCUGCUACUGUUAAUUCUCUUUCUUCUCUGGCUAAAAGUUCAAACACUGCCUUACAAAUUUGGUCUUUGCAUGGUCUAUUGUUGACUGUGGAGGCUGCUGGAUUGUCCUAUGUUUCUCAUGUUCAGGCGACACUUAGCCUUGCCAUGGAUAUUCUGUUGUCAAAUGAGAUUGGUUCGACUAACCUGCAGCAGGCAGUGGGACGCCUUAUAAAUGCUAUUGUUGCUGUCCUUGGUCCUGAACUUUCUCCUGGCAGUAUAUUUUUCUCGCGUUGCAAGUCUGUCAUUGCAGAGAUCAGCUCCCGGCAAGAGACUGCAACACUUUAUGAGAAUGUCCGAUUCACUCAGCAGCUAGUUCUUUUUGCGCCACAAGCUGUUACUGUGCAUUACAAUGUGCAAACACUCCUCCCAACUCUAUCCGCAAGACAGCCAACGCUGCGACGUUUAGCUCUAUCCACUCUGAGACAUCUCAUUGAAAAGGAUCCAGGGUCCAUCAUGAAUGAAAAUAUUGAAGAUACAUUAUUCCAUAUGCUGGAUGAGGAAACUGAUGCUGAGAUUGGCAGCUUAGCACGGACCACAGUUAUGCGGUUGCUUUAUGUAUCAUGUCCAUCACAGCCAUCACGAUGGCUAUCAAUUUGCCGCAAUAUGAUUCUUUCGUCAUCCUCAAGAGUGAUCAGCAGAAGUGACAGUUCACAGAAUGAUUCUUCAAGUGGUCUGGAUGGUGAAACUGGACUUAAUUAUGGAGAUGACGAUGAGAACAUGGUGUCUAGCUCCCAAAACCCAACCUUCCAAGGUUAUAGAAGCAAUCAUCCCAUUGCUUAUCUUCCUAGGAACAAGCACCUCAGAUAUCGAACAAGAGUUUUUGCUGCAGAGUGUUUGAGUCAUCUUCCUGCAGCAGUUGGAAAGAAUCCAGCCCAUUUUGAUGUAGCGUUGGCAAGAAAGCAGCCUGCCAGUGGACCAACUUCUGGAGACUGGCUGGUUCUUCAAUUGCAAGAACUCGUUUCACUUGCUUAUCAGAUCAGCACAAUUCAGUUUGAAAACAUGCGGCCAGUUGGUGUGACCCUACUGAGUACUAUUAUUGACAAGUUUGGAACAUUGGACCCUGAGCUUCCUGGACACCUUCUACUGGAACAGUAUCAGGCCCAAUUGGUGUCUGCAGUUCGAACUGCACUGGACUCAUCUUCCGGCCCUGUCCUAUUGGAAGCAGGCUUGCAGCUGGCCACAAAGAUAUUGACAUGUAAAAUUGUUAGUCGGGAUCAACUUGCCGUUAAGCGGAUAUUUUCAUUGAUUUCACGGCCUCUAAAUGAAUUCAAUGACCUUUACUAUCCGUCCUUUGCAGAAUGGGUCUCAUGCAAGAUCAAAGUGAGACUCCUUACAGCACAUGCAUCUCUGAAAUGUUACACCUUUGCGUUCUUGAAAAAUCAACAGAAGGAGAUUUCUGAUGAAUAUUUAGCUUUAUUGCCUCUUUUCUCAGAGAGUUCAAAAAUUCUUGGAAUUUACUGGCUCUGUCUUCUGAAGGACUACAGCUAUAUCAGGACUCAGUCAUUUCCUAAAGAAAAUUGGAAACCAUUUCUUGAUGGAAUUCAGUCAACGCUAGUUUCAACUAAAUUGCUAGCAUGUCUGGAAGAAGCUUGGCCCCUGAUCCUGCAAGCCGUGGCAUUGGAUGCGGUUCCUUUGAACACAUAUAUAGAACGAUCCUCAGAAACUGAAAAUCAAUCUGUUACGGACUUAAUUUCUGGGUACAGCAUGGUUGAGUUAGGUUCAGAAGAGUUUCGAUUUUUGUGGGGCUUUGCCCUUCUUCUUCUAUUUCAGGGGCAAGAUUCGGUUCUUGGUGAAUCUAGGCUACCUAUUGGUUCUGUCAAUGCCAUAUUAUGUGGUGGCGGUGUUGGUGAAGAAGUAAAGUCGACUUCUUUGAAGUUGUGUGAAGUUGUUUUGCCUGUGUUUCAAGUUCUGUCAGCGGAGAGAUUUUUUAGCGUAGGAUUUCUCACUGUGGUUUCCUGUCAAGAACUGCUGCAGGUUUGCUUUUUCUCCAUAUUUGUUGAAGAUACAUGGGACAAUCUUGCAAUCUCUAUUUUAUCACAGAUUGUGCAGAACUGCCCCACAGAUUUCCUGAAGACGGAAAGUUUUGUGUAUUUAGUAUCAGAACUUUAUUUGGCGCUUCUUUUUAAAUCCUUCACUAGUGCAACGUCUCAAUACCAUUCAAGUCAGGACGAUAUUGUUUCUGUCUUACUUACCACAGCACCGACACUUUUAAAACGUUAUGAGCCAAAGAUGGGUUUGAAAUCAAUUUUGGCUUUUCUUUUGGUUGGUUAUAAGUGCAUUCAAAGGGCUUCAACUGAAUUUUCUCUCUCAAGAAUUCAUGAUUUUGUCCGGUGUCUAACUUCUUUGAUGAAAUCAUAUGUUACUGUUGACCAAAUCUGGUGUGGAUCCCACACCUGCGCAGGGAUUUUGAAGAGUCCGCACAACACAGCCUGCAAGCUCUCUUAUUUGGGCCUUGGUCAUACUUCUCUUUGGUUUCCACUGCCAAUGAACAAACUGUUGUACUAUAAUUAUCAAUCGUCCUUCACACUAUUUGAUUCUUUAAACACAAGAAAUGAAGUAUUUUGUAUUUUGGACCCAAAUAGUGAUUCUUGGGAACAACAUCUACAUUUCAGCCCCAACCAAGUUGGGGAAAGUGAUUCUUGGAAACAUGAAGAAAAAUGUAUUCUUGAUCCAUAUGAUAUCUCUGAACUUGGAAAUGAUAGCAUUGGGCACUUGACGACAAUAGCAAGAACUUGUCUGACUGCGAGUGUUAUUUUUGCUGAGAACUGCACUAAAGGAAUUCAUCAGCUUGAGAAGAAUAAGAGCUCCCACUUACAUAAACUGCUGCUGCUGAAGCUUGCUCUCUCUCUUGAACAGACUACUUCAUUUACUAAACUAGCAUUUGAAAUUCAACUUCUCGAAGAAAACGAAGGAUGUAAACCAAUAUUAUAUGUCAUGAUAUGCCAUGCAACUCGAUGCUUCAGGAGUGCUCUUACUAAUUCUGACAUUCAAGUCCAAGCAAUUGGGUUGCAAAUAUUGAAAGGCAUGCUAACAAGACAAACCAAUUCAGAGUUUAACUCAUUCCUUGUGUUCUUUGUUGGGGAACUUGUUGAAGACCUUGGAUCUGUAAUCCAGAAACUUUUUAAGACACCUAUGAACAGGGAAGUGGUGGCUAUUGCUGGGGAGUGUUUGAAAAUUUUGAUGCUUCUUCAGACACUCUCAAGAACUAAUGAGUGUCAGAAAUGCCUAAUGAAUCUGUUUUUGGAAGCUGUUCUCCUUUUUACAACAUCAGAGAAUUCUUCUCAGGAAGCACGUGAUUUGAAGAUCACGGCUAUAAAAUUAGUUGCACAACUGGCUCAACUCCCUGGCUCAUCUGCUUAUAUCAAGGAGGUCUUACUGACAAUGCCCAUUACAAGAAAGCAACAACUGCAGGAUAUAAUACGUGCUUCUGUAAUGCAAGACCAGAACCAAAUACAAGUCAAUUCCACAGGACCAUCUUUAAGUAUCAAGUUGCCUGCAAAAAUAGAGGAAAGUAGAGAAGAGGAAACUACUGUUUCAGCUGCUUGUAGAGAAGAGGUUGAGGACAAGUCUGAGGAAGAGGAAGACGAUGAUUGGGAUACUUUUCAGUCUUUUCCUUCUACUAAUGAAGACGGCCCAACUAAAACCGACUUUCAGGAUUCUCACUCAAUUGAGAGCACAAAUUCAGAUGGUGGCCUCAAGGGAGACUCUAUUUCUGUACCUCAUAACGAGGUAGAAGAAGCUACUGUUACAAUUUCAGAUGGUGGCUUUAAGGGAAAUUCAAUGUCUAUACCUCAGAAUGAGAUAGAAGAAAUGACUGCUGAAAAUCAAAUUGCUAGUGACAAUAACACUCUGUCAGUCAAUGCCGAUAGCAACAACCAGACACAGGAGCUUACUGGUUCCCAAGAUGGCUUCCAUGACGGGGUGUUAUCUGAUACUCACCAUAUGGAGAAGGAUAUAACAGCAUUAAGCCACGAUGAUGUGCUCUUGCCUGGACGUCAGUCUGAGGUAGGAGAAUGCCCUGAAACAUGUGAAAACCUGGAGGGCCAAAAGAGAACAGUUAGCAAUUUGUCUUCUGAACUCGGGGAACAUGCUGAAGUUGUAAAAGCACAUGAUUCCUCUUAUGAGGAUCAUCAGAGAAGUACACCGGAAUCUAGUGAAACAAAUGAAGGUGCUUUGCCUGAUCUUCAUCCUGCUGAAAUGGAAAAGGAGUGUUGCAUGCCACUUGAUGAUUGUCAUGAGGACGUAAAAGAACAAACUACAUGCGAUGAUCACCACGAGGAGAAGGAUGUGAAGGACAUAACCAGAGUCAAGGAUCACCAUGAGGAGAGGAAAGCAGAAAACGAAGACCAACGUUGUAAUAUAGAUUUGUCUGAGCUGUCUCCUAAAAAUGUAGAAGGUAAAACACAAGUCGGCCUUGACGAAAAAUGAUUAGCACAUCCUAUUGCCUCCAUAAGUCUGUAUAUUGAAGUUAAAAUACUGGGACACCACAAUUAGGAAAGGUCACUAUAAUAGGUUUAUGUAUGGUCAGUAUUAUUUUUUGACGUGUUUGGCAAGUUCUAUUGAAGUUUGAAGUUCUGUUUUUGUAAUGCGUGAGGUUAAGGUUCUUUCAUUAUAAAGAUAUUAUUUUCCAGGAAUGUACUUAACAAUGAUAUCUAUUGUGUAUGAGGUAAUGAUUUUGCUAAAUAUA